CACAGCCAGGCCGUCAGCAGGCAGAAGACCAAGAGUCUCCUCCAGGAAGGUGUCCUGUGUUCCGAGUCCGCACAAUGCCACGAGAAGCCUCUCACUUCAAUAACCCCAGGAAGGGGCACAGCCACGACUACGUCACAGCUGAAGAGGCCGCAGGGAUUGGCAUCCUGAUUGUAGUCCUGGGAAUUUCUCUGCUUCUCGGCUGCUGGUAUUGUAGAAGGCGAAGUGGAUACCGAAGCUUGAUGGACAAAAAGCUUCAUGCUGGAACUAAAAGUACCUUGAUGGAAAGAUGCCCGAGUGAACAAUGCUCAUGUGAGGGUCUUGGUCACCAGGACAGCCCACUACCUUCUCAGGAAAAGAAUCAUCAGCCUGUGGUUCCCAACGCUCCACCUGCCUACGAGACGCUCUCUUCAAACCAGUCGCCACCACCAUACUCACCCUGAGAGCCAGCA